AUGUGUUUAGUCACUGAACCGUGUCUGACUGUUUGCAACCCCACAGACUGUAGCCCACCAGGUUCCUCUGUCCAUGGGGAUUCUCCAGGCAAGAAUACUGGUGUAGGUUGCCAUGCCCUCCUCCAGACCCAGGGAUCAAACCUGUGUCCUAUGCAGUGGAAGCACACUCUUAGUCACUGGACAGCUGGAGAACGCCCUCAAAAUCAUAAGAAUUCACUCCAAAAGUCCACAGUGGUCAAGGGUCAUUUCUUUUCAAAGCCCAAAAUCUUUUUGGAUCCAGAACGAGGAGUUGAGAGGUGGAAUGCGAACCUACUUCAUAAGGUUUUUGUCCAAAGUGAUAUCAAAUUAUCUAAUUUCAGCACUCCAUGGCUUACAGUGUUAAAGUACUGA